AUGAAUGAAAUUGGAAACGAGGACGAGUUGGAGUUGUCCUUUGGUAGUGCGGUUGAGGAGUGUGAAACAAACAAGGAAGUUACGUACCUUAAACAGCAUUUAUUACAUAAAGACAGUACAAUCAAUGAUCUGCGUGAAUAUAUAAAAUCGCUUAAGCAACAAAUAACGUUAUUAAAUGCGUUUGUGAAAUUAAAUAAUGUGGAAACUUUAAAAAUAAGUGUUGACAACGAGGAACCGGUCAAUCGGCGCUCGAUCGACGCGCGGCAACAACAAAUGUCACCUGGCCCAAAGCCGGUCCCAACAUAUGCAGACAAGGUUGUUGAUCGGAAAAUAACAAAAACGAAAGAAAAUAGUGUGAGUAUUUUCGACAAUAAAAAUAAAAACAAAACUAAAAAUAAAGAGUUAGUAAAGCCCGUAACUAACAUCAAGAAGGGUACGAAAAAAAGCGAAAAACAAAGAAAACGCGUAUCGGAACAAAUUACAGGUACAGCUGAUUCGAAUUCGUUGCUGAGAGCUGCAGAAAAGACGGCUUGGCUCUAUAUUGGGAGACUAUCAAAAGAUACUGAACAAGAAGUUGUCAGGGAGUACCUCAAAUCUAAGAUACCUGGAGAAGACUUUAUUGUAGAAGACAUAAAAAAAGGACCCGAAAAUAAAAGUAUUAUACACACUCGAAAAUAUCUCCUAUUAUAUAACUCCAAAAUCAAAGUAAUAACUUUAAUAAAAAUGUUGCCACCGAUUAAUUACGUUCUAUUUUCAUUGUUAACAUUUUUUGUUGUUGGUUCCUCUUCGGAAGAAAUAGAGUUAACAAUACCAGAUGGGACAUUAAUAGGUCGAGUAAGAUAUGAUCAUUUUGGAAAGGAAUUCUACAGUUUCCAAAGUAUACCAUUUGCAAAACCACCGGUAGGUCAUCUUAGAUUUAAAGACCCAGUUGAGAACGAACCAUGGCUUGGAAUUAGAGAUGCCACCCAAGAUGUACCCCAAUGUGUGCAAAUUUCAGGUUUAAAUAUAGUCGGACAAGAAGAUUGCUUGUAUUUGAACGUUGACACUCCGAAUUUGCACAAAAAUGAAUCAAAUCUUUUACCGGUUAUAGUUUUUAUACACGGAGGUGGUUUCACGAGUGGAUCUGCACGAGAUGUCAUUUACGGACCUGAAUUUUUAAUCACCGAAGAUAUCGUUUUGGUUAAAUUAAAUUAUAGACUUAACAUGUUUGGUUUCUUUAGUUUGGAUGACCCUUCUUUUGGAGCUCCUGGAAAUGCUGGUUUGAAAGAUCAAAGAUUAGGUUUGGAAUGGGUUCAAAAAAACAUAGAAUAUUUCGGUGGUGAUCCAGAUCAAGUAACAAUUUAUGGACAAAGUGCCGGUAGUGCUAGUGUACACCUUCACGUCCUUUCACCGCAAUCCAAAGGAUUAUUUUCUAAGGCAAUUAUGCAAAGUGGUGUGGCAACUAGUCCUACGACGACGGGUGUUCGAAAUAACGGAUUAUAUUUGGCUCAAGUGUUAGGAGUAACCACCGAUGAUGAUACGGAAAUGUUUCUGACUCUUCAAUAUCUUCCACCUCAAUUUAUUAUCCAAGGAUUUUUACUUCUAUCUCAAAUUUAUCCCAUGCGUUUUAAUAUACCAAUUGUAGAAAAACACAAAGAAACAGCUUUCUUACCGGAUAAUCCACUGAAAAUUCUUCGAGAAGGAAAUUAUAAUAAAGUACCAAUGAUGAUUGGGUACACAGACGCGGAAGGGAUUUUUUAUGAACAAUCCAUUCGAAAUUUAACGGGAGAAUCCCAACCAGUCACUGACUUUUUUGCUUUUGUCCCCGAUGAGUUAGGAAUUUUACCAGGGACACCAGAAGCGCUUGAAUUGGCGGAAGAAAUAAAAGAAUUUUAUCAAGGCGGUGUUGAAAUUAGCCCUGAUUUCAUGUUACCUUCGAUUAAUAUUAUUACAGAUACAAUGUUUGCUUUUCCAGCUAGAAGAGCUGCUGUUGAACAUGUUAAAAAUAAUGAAUAUCCCGUUUAUUUUUAUCGAUUUUCCGCCGAUACUGAAUUAAACGUUGUAAAGCGGAUGGAUUCGAUUUCGAUGGGAUUUCUAGGUGCUGCUCAUGCAGAUGAUAUAGGAUAUUUAUUUAAAACGGCUAUAUCACCAGAAAUUCUUAACGGUUCUGUAGAAGAUAUUGCCCUCCAACGUGUUAAUGGAAUAUGGGGCAGCUUUGCUAAACAUUCACAUCCUUUAAUAGAGGGUGAUCAUUGGGAACCGGUUGUUGAUGGAGUUUUAAAUUAUAUGGAUAUUGGGACAUUUAGAGAUAUUUCCGGAGUUAAUCCUGAUGAAGAAAGAAUGAGCUUUUGGUUGGAUAUUUUCGAACGAUUUGGUUACACACUCGAAAAAUAUCUCCUAUUAUUUAACUCCAAAAUCAAAGUAAUAACAUUAAUAAAAAUGUUGCCACCGAUUAAUUACGUUCUAUUUUCAUUGUUAACAUUUUUUGUUGUUGGUUCCACUUCGGAAGAAAUAGAGUUAAGAAUACCAGAUGGGACAUUAAUAGGUCGAGUAAGAUAUGAUCGUUUUGGAAAGGAAUUUUACAGUUUCCAAAGUAUACCAUUUGCAAAACCACCGGUAGGAAAUCUUAGAUUUAAAGACCCAGUUGAGAACGAACCAUGGCUUGGAAUUAGAGAUGCCACCCAAGAUGUACCCGAAUGUGUGCAAAUUUCAGGUUCAAAUAUAAUCGGACAAGAAGAUUGCUUGUAUUUGAACGUUGACACUCCGAAAUUGCACAAAAAUGAAUCAAAUCUUUUACCGGUUAUAGUUUUUAUACACGGAGGUGGUUUCACAACUGGAUCUGCACGAGAUGUCAUAUACGGACCUGAAUUUUUAAUCACCGAAGAUAUUGUUUUGGUUAAAUUAAAUUAUAGAAUUAACAUGUUUGGUUUCUUUAAUUUGGACGACCCUUCUCUUGGAACUCCUGGAAAUGCUGGUUUGAAAGAUCAAAGAUUAGCUUUGGAAUGGGUUCAAAAAAAUAUAGAAUAUUUCGGUGGUGAUCCAGAUCAAGUAACAAUUUAUGGUCAAAGCGCCGGUGGUGCUAGUGUACACUUUCACGUCCUUUCCCCGCAAUCCAAAGGAUUAUUUUCUAAGGCAAUCAUGCAAAGUGGUGUGGGAACUAGUCCUACGCAGACGGGUGUUCAAAAUAAUGGAUUAUAUUUGGCUCAAGUGUUAGGAGUAACCACCGAUGAUGUUUCGGAAAUGUUGCUGACUCUUCAAUAUCUUCCACCUCAAUUUAUUAUGCAAGGAUUUUUACUGCUAUCUCAAAUUUAUCCCAUGCGUUGGGGAGGUUUUCAUAGUCCAAUUGUAGAACAACACAAAGAGACAGCUUUCUUACCGGAUGAUCCAAUGAAAAUUCUUCGAGAAGGAAAUUAUAAUAAAGUGCCAAUGAUGAUUGGGUACACAGACGCGGAAGGGAUUCUUUUGGAACAAAUCAUUCGGAAUACAACGGGACAACCCCAACCAGUCACUGACUUUUUUAAUUUUGUCUCUGAUGAGUUAGGAAUUUUACCAGAGACACCAGAAGCGCUUAAAUUGGCGGACGAAAUAAAAGAAUUUUAUCAAGGCGAUGUUGAAAUUAGCCCUGAUUUCAUGUUACCUUUGAUUAAUAUUAGUAGAGAUACAUGGUAUGCUUUUCCAGCUAGAAGAGCUGCUGUUGAACACGUUAAAAAUAAUGGAUAUCCAGUUUAUUUUUAUCGAUUUUCCGCCGAUACUGAAUUAAAUGUUGUCAAGCGGAUGGAUUCGAUUUCGAUGGGAUUUCUAGGUGCUGCUCAUGCAGAUGAUAUAGGAUAUUUAUUUAAAACGCUUAUAUCACCAGAAAUUCUUAACGGUUCUGUAGAAGAGAUUGCCCUCCAACGUGUUACUAGAAUAUGGAGCAGCUUUGCUAAACAUUCACAUCCUUUAAUAGACGGUGAUCAAUGGAUACCGGUUGUUGAUGGAGUUUUAAAUUAUAUGGAUAUUGGGACAUUUAGAGAUAUUUCCGGAGUUAAUCCUGAUGAAGAAAAUAUGAGUUUUUGGUUGGAUAUUUUCGAACGAUUUGGUGUACUAUAA